AUGUCUCGAGCCGGAGUCCCAGUCAAGCAGGAACCAGGCUCCAACUUGCUCAAGAAGUCCACGACACCCGCUCGAGCCCCCGCCUCUGUCCCGAAGGCGGCCGCGCAGGUGUUCCCCGCCCGCCGUCCCCUCUCGGGCUCUGAACCUCCAGCCGGAGCGCCCUCACCCGCGCACCCCAACGUCGCCUCCGGUGACUCGCUCCCUGCUCCCCCACGCACGUCCGACGCCGGCUCUGACGCGUCGUGCGCGUCCUCGUCAGCCUCCGCCGCUUCAAGAUCGUUCGUGAAGACGUCCGGCAGGAGGCUGUCGCUCUCGACGCCUUCGGAGACGGCGCUUCCCUUCGGCCCCAGGGCACCUGGCACCGCCGCCCCCAGCCGCAAGUCGCCGACGCCUCCGCCGACCGCCGGAAAGGAGAACGUCCCGUCGUGGGCGCGCCCGACUCGGGCGUCUGCCGCCCGUACCACAGACGCUGCGCCGAAAGCACCCAAGGUGAAGACCCGUGGGCGUGCACUAACGGUCGUUGCUGCCCCCACCGCUGUCGCCUCUCCUGAUCUUCCUGCGCCUGCGCGAGACGUCCAGGAGCUCGCCGUGGGACAGGACGCGUGCCUGAUCGUCUCGCUGACACAGGCGACGCGGGAGGCGGUCGUGGUCGACGCCGCGCAGACGCUGGAUCAGGUCGUGAUCGACGCCGCGCAAACGCUGGAUCAGGACGUGGUCGACGCCGCGCAAACGCCGGCUCAGGACGUGAUCAAAGAAUAUGUAGGAAAGGACGAGGCGGGAGCUGCGAGGCCCGAGGAGGCAGAUAGAUCUCCCCCGGGCGUCGAGGUCCCCGCCGGCGAGAAAGAAGAGAACGAAUCGAAGAAGGAUAUUAUGGAGAUGAUCCCCACUCUCCCUCAGUCGUCGUAUUUGACUGUACCGGAGUGGGGGUACCUCGACACGGUCGCCCGUACGUCUCCUGCGAAGACUUCCAGGAGCGUCUCGCCCGUCAAGGCAAGAACGCGCGCCCAAGAGCGGGCUGUCAGGCCCCUCUCAAUGAGAAACGGCGCUUCGCUUUCGGAUGGGAUAGUUCCUAUCCGUCCUUCCGUGGUCUUCAAGAACGCUCUUGAAGUUCUCGCGGAGAUUGGUGAGUGCAUCGAGGAAGAAAUUGAAGAACGCGAGCUCGCUGUUCCAGCGGACUUGCACAAUGAAGAGCAGCCAGGGGAUGAGGUGGUCGCGGAGGACGAAGAGGAUGUGUCCGCACUUCAGCGCAUACUUUCCAGCGAACCCAGCGUUCCGGACGCGGACUCGGUGGAGUCGCUGGAUCAGUCGCCUGGGGACAUCCACCAAGGGGCUUUUGGCGACCUUCUGAGGUUGCUUGAGGAGGCGCUCGAUAAACCCGUCGAGGAUGCGGUUUGGCAAGACGUCCAGCCUUGCGUGGCCCCUGCGGAGGAUACCUCGAAGAUGGCUGCGCUCAUUGCCGCUUUGGGCCUCGGCGAGGGGGAAACACUGCAUGAGGUCGAAGCCGCCAGAGUGGUCACGGAGAGCAGCGUCGAAUUGUGCGCCGUCGACGACGCACUUGAAGCUGUUGUCGUGAAGGAAGAUGAAGACAUGGCAUCGCUCGGUCGAUUGUUUUUGGGUAUCGACGAAGAUGAAUUUGACGACGACGAUGACGACGACAGUUACGACUAUGAGGCUGAAGGAGAAGACGAGAAUUAUGCCUAUGCAGUCACGGACGACAGUGACGACGAGAGUUGCACCUCCGACACCUCGAGAGUCGAAGUGCGCCGUUAUUCGAAACCGCCUACCAUCCAAUCGCCGGUAGAGAUCUACUCGAGGAGGCAUCUAUCGAAGGCUGCCAAGACGGCUGGCACGAAGCAAAGCGUCACGAAUGCAACAUUCGAGAUGCCGCCGCUCGUGCGCUUAGCAUAUACAGUAGAAUCCGAUGAGGAGGAGGACGAAGACGCAGCCUUUUUCGAGGCUGUCCUCCAGUACCAAUCGACAUUGCAUACGCUGAAUCCAGCGUCUGCCUCCCGAAGUCGUGGAUCCCCCACUUCUUCUCCCUGUUACAAAGAUGCUCGCACCCACUUCCCACUCCUGAAUACCCACUCGUUCGAAAGCCACGAGACGCUUUUCGCUACUUGCGAUACCACGGACAAGAAGCUCGAUGCGUUGCACGUUCUUACCGCUCAUGACAUCAAGACCACCCCCGACUUUUCUGCGAUGGAAGGUACCGCCGAAUUUGGCGUCACAUCGUCGGAUUCAUCAGAUUUCACAGACGAAUUAUGCCCCGCCUCUUCCGCUAAUUACGACGACUGCCCACAGGAGGCCUCGUUUGACGCUAUGCAUGUUCUGGACGCAUUAAUCCUAGAGGAAGAUAUUGUCGAUGACAGUCCACGGCUCACGGCGGCAGAGAAGGGCAAAGGUCGCGAGAUUGUCAAUCUCGAGGAAGAAGAGGAAGAAGAGGAAGAAAUGGAACAGCCCGUGCCAGCCCCAGUACCCGUCCCGCAGCCCCAGCGACUAUCAUUGGUCUUUGAAGAGGCAUCUGCUGGAGUCAAUCAUGGAUUGUCCUUCGUGUAUUUCCCUAUCGAAGCGCCCGAGUUUAUUAUUGGAGACUCCAAGGGGUUCAAUGCUCGCAGCGCCUCCGGGUGCCAUAGCACUCCCCCUCGGCAGCGUGUUCAGGCACCUGAAAGCCGGCAAGCGGGUUUCUGGACACGUCUGCUGAAGCGAAACCCACACAAUUCUGAGGCCUCCGCGAAGAAGUCUACCAACUCCUCGUUCAAUUCUCUGCGGGGGACACCCGCAAUAUCUGCGUCUACGUCUUCGUUCUACAGCGCGGACGCGAGUUAUUUCUCGGGCACUUCAGCUCCGUCCACGCGUACGGGCCUGUCGGCCUUCUCUCCCCCCAAGGUUUCUCCAUUUCGAAGUUCCCAGAAAGACAAGCCUCUAAGCGCGGUCAGGGGCUUCUUCCGACGUUUAUUCUGA